CACCUUGAACACAAACAAUAAUAUAAAUAUUGAGAGGGUGUUGUCAUAAAGUCACCUGAUUGAAGUGUCAACGUUAUUGUCUGAACAGAGAAUCAAAUGUAGCUGUGUUUAAUUUUUAAUAUCGUUUGAUGUGAAAGCAGACGCCAAUUAAAUUAUUUGUCAAUUAUGGCUCUUACAAACGUUCUUUUGUUAAGCCAAAUCGCAGGAUAUGUCAUUGCGUUUAUAUUGUCUGUAUGCAUUGUUGUGCCAAUGAGUUUUCAUCAGGAGGAAUUUAAGGGCCACUGCCUGUUGUUCUCCACUGGCGUGUGGCAGGAGACAGAUGGCCAGUUCAGUGUGCAGUGGGCAUCGCAAGCAUACUGCAACUACACCAUAUUUGUGGGUGUGUUGUUGUUCGUUGUGUCUGCUGUACAGAUAUAUCGCAUGUCCAUGUUCUUCUACAAAGGAACAGACAGCUCUUUUCUUUCAGCAUUUAUUGACGUUGUGGCCAAUAUCUUCCUGUGUGCUAUGGUGGUUCUGGCAGCAAUGAUGAUCACAUUAGGAUUUCUCGUUUGGUGUGAUGAAAUGACUCAGAGGUUUCCCUCCUGUGAAGUAGCCUCAGGCAAGGCCAUCGACAAGAAGGAUGGCAUCGACACGACAGGGUUCUACAUCGAGAUGGGCACGGCACAGUUUGGUGCGUGGGCAUCUUGGGCUUGCUGGGUCGGCCUGACCGUGUUUGCCAUCCUGAAGCUGUGUCGCUACCACCAGCUGGAGAACAUGCGCGUGAGCAUGUACCGUGAGCGGCAGCGGCUCAUUAACGGGGCCAGCGUCAUGGGCGAGAGCUGCUCGUCGGCGAAUCAAGCAUCGUGCCAGCCCCCUGGCAUCAUGUAGACGUUUCGUUUAGGCUCAAACUACCUUCAAUGUGGGGAGAAUCUGUUGUAAAUAAGGGUAUGAAUAUUAUUUACUAUGUCCUGUUGUUAUUAUUGUUACUGAUGUCAUUUUGUUAAUGGACUUUUAUGUAAUUAGUGUAUUCUAUGCAUUGUUGACGAGAAAAAGCCUCAUAUUGUGAGGAUCAUUGAGUAGACAGGUUUGGUGGAAAACAAAAAGGCUAAUUGAAAGUUCAAUUGAGUAUUUACAUGCAAGAGGUAUAACUGAGUGUGGUGAACUGCAUCAUUGUUUUUCAUAUCACACUUACUAGUGUCUCUUCUGUCACUUUAGUUUUUGUCAGAAAGUCUACCUUCCCCGUGGCAUUUCAUUAGUAACUUCUGCUGGUUGUAGCAUUGCGUAUGUUCCAUUCUUAGUGUUAGUUUGCCCCCUUCCCCCUCAUUUAGCUGGAGUCCAUCCCAAAUGUUGGUUGUGGCCUUUGUCUGUUUUCUGUCUCAGUAAGCAUUUUGCUUUCAGCACGUGAGCUCAUGUGGCACAAAUCAGGACCUGAUCUUCCAUGUACCCAAAUUUGUGCAGAGUAAUUUGACAGCGUCCUUUCUUAUUUCUCUGCUAAAGUCAUAGAGUCAGCCACCGAUCUCGUGCCAGUUUGCAUUACAGUCACUCAAUCUGCUAGUAGACUGCUGACCCCAACAUGUCUUAUCGGUUGAUUGCGAUUAGAUAUAGAACCAUUCACUCUUUCAAGAUACCUUGUAUUUUGUUCAAUGAUUUCAAAGCAUUGCCAUUCAUUCUGGAAUCGAUGUUUCUAUGUUUUGUGACACCUUUGUUCAGCAAGACAUGUGUUCAGCCUGCUCUAAAAAAAUUAGAAAUCCCUUACAGUAAUAAAUUCAGUGAAAUUAAUUAUGUAUGUAAGUAUGUAUAAAUAAUUUAAGAAAGUAAAAAAAAACCUAGAAACAUCAAUAUUAGUAGAGCAGUACAGGGCUUUUUUAGAUAUACUGUUGAUUCAGUUUAAGGCUUGGUGUCAUAUGUAGUGUCGAUUUUGUUUUUAUCAUUACUGCCAUUUAUUUAAGGGCUAUGUCUGAAAUGUCAACCAUAUACCUCCCUUGCAUUUGUUGUCUGGCAUUACAAUUUUCAACUGAUCUUUACUGAGUGCAAUAUAAUGGAUGUAAAAAGUUGCACAAGUUAUAAUAAUGGCAAACACCUGCAUAACUUUUACACAUGUUAUAUUACACAUAGUAAAUAUCCAUGGAAAAUAUUAGUGCCAGAACAACAAGUUCAAAGGAGGUAUUGAGUUGAAAUUUCAGAAACGGCUCUUAAAUGAUAGUAUACCAACCCUUAACGGGGUGAGGAAAAAAAAGGUUAUGAGUCAAUACAUAUCUUGAGUAAUUUACCUUUAUGCAUUAUUUAUGUUUGUUAUAUGUUUUACAAUAAAUUUAUUUCUUAAAUGAAA